ACAACAGCCUACCGCUGCCAGCCUCAACUUUUAUAUAUUUACCCCCCGCCCGCCCCCGCCUCGACAGACAACAACGGCAGGGAAUUCGGAGCUAAGGAACAAUUGAAACACCUCGCUGCCGAGCUGGACACCGACCGGGCGCUGCUUGCGACACACACACACGGGAGAAAUAACACCGUAAAAGAGGAAAACAGCCGAAGAUGGAAGAAGUGAAGUUGUUCAGCGGCAGACAUAGUGACAAGACUGGAUUUACUGACAUAUGUUAGGAGUUUACUGCACACCUACUGACUGGGAAACAGGGCAUCUGGGGAACUUGACGUCGUGAGUGAUCGCAUGUCUUUCAUCUGAGUGCAAAACCAAGUACCCAAGUCGAGAGUUUGGCCCGAGUGGGAAAUUGGUACUGUGCUGGAAUGGGGUGCAAUUUGUAUCUCUGAUACACUGCGGCUCGUAGAAGCAUCAGGCGUCCCCAUCAUUUCCAUCGCUGAGGAGUAAAGACUCGUCAAGGAGGUGCAGGAUGAAAAGAUGGCGCUCCUGUUCGUACCCUCAGGACCCCACUGUCUGCGUCGGUUCACUCGCGAAUCCCUGGCUGCCAUCGAGAGGCGGAUCGCCGAGGAGCAGGCGGUCAGCAACAGGAAAGACCACAAAGAGGAGAGUGAGGAGGAAAAGCCCACUCCCAACAGCGACUUGGAAGCGGGAAAGCAACUGCCAAUCAUCUACGGAGACGUCCCACCAAAGCUCAUUGGUCAGCCUCUGGAGGACCUGGACUCCUUCUACAGCGACAAGAAGACAUUUAUAGUACUGAACAAAGGGAAGACCAUUUUUCGAUUUAGUGCCAGCCCUGCGUUGUACCUACUGACUCCUUUUCACCAUGUUAGAAGAAUAGCUAUUAAAGUUUUAGUACAUUCAAUGUUCAAUAUGUUUAUAAUGUGCACUAUUUUGACCAACUGUGUGUUCAUGACCAUGUCUGAUCCCGCCCCAUGGACAAAGAAUGUCGAGUACACGUUCACCGGCAUUUACACCUUUGAAUCAAUGAUUAAAAUUUUGGCAAGAGGGUUCUGCAUUGACUCAUUCACUUUCCUCCGGGACCCGUGGAACUGGUUGGAUUUCAGUGUUAUUUUGAUGGCGUAUGUAACAGAGUUCGUAAACCUCGGCAAUGUUUCCGCUCUCCGAACAUUCAGAGUAUUGAGGGCGUUGAAAACCAUUUCCGUUAUCCCAGGUUUAAAGACCAUUGUGGGUGCAUUGAUACAGUCAGUGAAGAAGCUUGCGGACGUCAUGAUUCUGACUGUGUUCUGCCUCAGCGUCUUUGCCCUUAUUGGCCUCCAGCUCUUCAUGGGGAACCUGCGACAGAAGUGUGUGCGAGACUGGCGGAUCUUCAACGGGACCACGCUGAACGAAACGGGCAACUACACUUGGCCUUGGAACGAGACGUUUGAAGAGUUCAUUGACAAGAAAGAGAACUACUUUCUUAUUGAAGGACAAAAGGAUGCCUUACUUUGUGGAAACAACACAGAUGCAGGGAAGUGUCCCACCGGUUACACGUGCCUGAAGGCGGGGAGGAACCCCGAUUAUAAUUACACCAGUUUCGAUACAUUUGGCUGGGCUUUCCUCUCGCUGUUCCGGCUGAUGACUCAGGACUUCUGGGAGAACCUCUACCAGCAGACACUGCGCUCUGCCGGAAAGGCGUACAUGCUCUUCUUUGUGGUGGUCAUCUUCCUCGGCUCCUUCUAUCUCAUCAACCUCAUCCUGGCCGUGGUGGCCAUGGCGUAUGACGAGCAGAACCAGGCCACCAUCGCCGAGAACGUGCAGAAGGAGAAGGAGUUUCGGCAGACGAUGGAUCAGCUUCGGAUACAACACGAGCGGGAAUUGUCGAGACUAGGGCAUGAGACUCGGUCAAGAAGUUCUUCCGAGAGGUCACACCUAAGUGCCAGAAGCAUCAAGGAAAGAGGCUUCAGAAGUAGGAAUGGGAAAGAACUGGGAAUAUCGGAAAGAGAGAAAGGACCAAGAUCAGCAUCUGAAGAAGGUUUACCCCGGAAGCCCCUCCUGACGCCGAUUCUCUCCAACCACCACCCGACGGGGCGAGGCAGCAUCUUUCGCUUCCGGACGCACUCCGUGGACGCUGUGCUGGGGAACGUGUUCUCGGACGAGGAAGACAGCGACAAGAGCGAGAGUGUGCGGAGCUCCCUGUGCCUGCCCCCACUCAACCGCACCAACAGUAAUCAGAGCCACGGGAGCCACCGGUCCGUGCUGGGAGCACCGCGCAGCCAGCAGAAGCUACACCUCGCCGUGGACCAGAAUGGCGUGGUCUCUGUGGUGGGAGGGUCCCCUGUCUCGCCAAGCUCGCUCUGCCUCCCUCAGGUCACCGUGGAUAAGCCAUUCUCCGAAGACUAUACCUCCCCAUCGGAUAACGAAACGAGCAAGUGUCACCUUUUGUCUGAUCACCGGGUCUCUGUGAGUUACCUGGAGGAGUCGCACCAGCGAGAACGGACGGUUAGCGCAGCCAGCAUUAUUACCAACACCAUGGAAGAGCUUGAAGAAUCUCGCCUCAAGUAUCCUCGAUGCUGGUAUUACUUUUCACAAACGUUUCUCAUCUGGAAUUGCUGUCCGCUUUGGAUGAAGCUGAAGAAGUUACUGAAGUACAUAGUGAUGGAUCCCUUCCUGGACCUGGCCAUCACAAUCUGCAUCGUCCUGAACACCAUCUUCAUGGCAAUGGAGCAUCAGCCCAUGUCUGACGAGUUCAACAACCUGCUCUACGUGGGGAACCUGGUUUUCACCGCGAUCUUCACGGCUGAGAUGGUGUUGAAGAUCAUCGCCCUGGAUCCGUACUACUACUUCCAGCAGGGCUGGAACAUCUUCGACAGCAUCAUCGUCUGCCUGAGCUUGAUUGAGCUGGGACUGGCGAGAGUGGAUGGUCUCUCUGUGCUGCGCUCCUUCAGACUGCUCAGAGUCUUCAAGCUGGCAAAGUCAUGGCCCACCCUCAACACGCUCAUCAAGAUCAUCGGCAACUCCAUGGGCGCUCUGGGCAACCUGACCCUCGUCCUGGCAAUCAUUGUCUUCAUCUUCGCAGUGGUGGGGAUGCAGCUCUUUGGCAAGAGCUACAGUGACUGCGUAUGCAAGAUCUCAGACAAGUGCAAGCUCCCGCGUUGGCACAUGCAUGACUUCUUCCACUCCUUCCUCAUCGUCUUUCGGGUUCUGUGCGGCGAGUGGAUCGAGACCAUGUGGGACUGCAUGGAGGUGGCUGGGCAGCCUCUGUGUAUCCUCGUCUUCAUGCUGGUCAUGGUGAUUGGAAACCUGGUGGUACUGAACCUCUUCCUGGCUCUGCUCCUGAGCUCGUUCAGUGCGGACAACCUGAGUUCUCCGGAUGAGGAUGGCGAGAUGAACAACAUUCAGAUGGCCGUUGCCAGGAUCCACCGGGGCAUCCGCUUCGUCCGGGACGCCAUCGUGAAGUUCUUCCAGAACCUGCGCAAGAGCUCGGACCCCGCCACGGAAGGGAAGACCAUGAUGGAGCUGCCGGCCUACGCCAUCAACCACGCCGGCAGUGAGAAGAUGAAGGAGGUCGAGCACAGGGACGGCAACGGCACGGCCGGCAGGGUUGGGAAUAACGGCACCACGGUGGGCAACAGGAGCGAGGACUUGGCAGCCGAGACCCGGCUGACUGAGUGCGUCCCCAUCGCCGUGAUCGAGCCCGAGCUGGACACCUGCGAAGACGAGGAACAGAGCACCUUCACCGAGGUAGCUGUCGGCGGGCAGAAGCUGGACGACCUCUCCAGUUGUUCAGAAGGCAGCACCGUCGACCUGACGAGCAAGGGCGAUGAGAUGGAGCACACCUCGGAACACAUGGAGGAGGCCGUGGAUCCAGAUGACUGCUUCACAGAGGCCUGCGUCCGCCAUUUCAGCUGCUGCCAGAUUGACGUGACGACCAGCUUCGGCAGGGUCUGGUGGAACCUGAGGAAAACCUGCUACAAAAUUGUGGAGCACAACUGGUUCGAGAGCUUCAUCAUCUUCAUGAUCCUACUGAGCAGUGGAGCCCUGACGUUUGAAGACAUCAACAUUGAUAAAAAGCCAGUGAUAAAGGUGGUGCUGGAGUACUUGGACAAGGUCUUCACCUAUGUCUUUGUGCUGGAGAUGCUUCUUAAGUGGGUGGCCUACGGCUUCAAGAAGUAUUUCACCAACGCCUGGUGCUGUUUGGACUUCCUGAUUGUGGCGAUUUCUGUUGUUUGCCUCUUGACAAAGGCUCUUGGUUAUGACAAGUUUGUUACCAUGAAAUCUCUCAGGACCCUGAGGGCAUUGAGACCUCUUCGAGCCUUGUCCAGAUUUGAAGGCAUGAGGGUCUCAGUAGUCAGCCUAACAGCUAAUGCCUUGGGAUACGCUGAACUAGCUGCCAUUAAAUCCCUUCGGACACUCAGAGCAUUGAGACCAUUAAGAGCCUUGUCACGAUUUGAAGGGAUGAGGGUGGUGGUCAACGCACUCAUCGGCGCCAUUCCAUCCAUCAUGAACGUUUUCUUCGUCUGUCUCAUCUUCUGGCUCAUUUUCAGCAUCAUGGGGGUCAACUUGUUUGCAGGGAAGUUUGCCAAGUGCAAGAACUUCACCAGCGGAGAAGUGUUCCCCAUUGACAGGGUCAACAACAGGUCCGAGUGUGAAGCCAUGGACAGUCCGGAUGUCCGCUGGUAUAACGAGAAGGUGAACUUCGACAACGUCGGUUUGGGCUACCUCGCCUUGCUGCAGGUGGCAACCUUCAAAGGCUGGAUGAACAUAAUGUAUGCGGCCGUUGACUCAAGAAACAUUGGUGAGCAGCCCGAGUACGAGACCAACGCAUACAUGUAUGUCUACUUCGUGAUAUUCAUCAUAUUCGGCUCAUUCUUCACCUUGAACCUCUUCAUCGGUGUCAUCAUUGAUAACUUCAAUCAGCAGAAGAAAAAGUUAGGUGGUCAGGACAUCUUCAUGACAGAGGAGCAGAAGAAAUACUACAACGCCAUGAAAAAACUGGGUUCAAAGAAGCCACAGAAACCCAUCCCAAGGCCAUUGAAUAAAUUCCAAGGACUGAUCUUCGACCUGGUCAUGAAGCAAGCCUUCGACAUCAUCAUCAUGAUCCUGAUCUGCCUCAACAUGGUGACAAUGAUGGUGGAGACGGAUGACAUGGACCCCUACAUGGAGAGGAUCCUCUUCAUUAUCAACGUCAUUUUCAUUGCCAUCUUCACCUCCGAGUGCGCGCUGAAGAUCAUCGCUCUGCGGCACUACUUCUUCACGAUUGGCUGGAACAUAUUUGAUUUUGUGGUGGUGAUCCUCUCCAUUAUCGGUAUCGUGCUCUCGGACCUCAUUGAGAAGUACUUUGUGUCCCCAACGCUCUUCAGAGUCAUCCGCCUGGCACGCAUCGGUCGGAUUCUCCGGCUCAUCCGAGGGGCCAAGGGGAUCAGGACUUUGCUGUUCGCCUUAAUGAUGUCACUGCCAGCGCUGUUCAACAUCGGCCUCCUCCUGUUCCUGGUCAUGUUCAUCUAUGCCAUCUUCGGCAUGGCCAACUUCGCCUACGUCAGGAAGGAGGACGGCAUCGACGACAUGUUCAACUUCGAGACCUUCGGCAACAGCAUGAUCUGCCUCUUCCAGGUUACAACGUCCGCAGGCUGGGACGGCCUGCUCAGCCCCAUCCUGAACACCGAGAGCCCGGACUGUGACCCUUUGAAGGAGAACCAGGGCACGAACGUCAAGGGAGACUGCGGGAACCAGUCGGUGGGGAUUUUCUUCUUCGUCAGCUACAUCAUCAUCUCCUUUCUCAUUGUGGUCAACAUGUACAUUGCCAUUAUCCUGGAAAACUUCAGCGUGGCCACCGAGGAGAGCUCAGAACCUCUCAGCGAAGAUGACUUUGAGAUGUUCUAUGAGGUGUGGGAGAAGUUUGACUCUGAGGCGACGCAGUUCAUUGAGUACUCGGCGCUGUCUGACUUUGCAGAUGCCCUGAAAGAGCCCCUCCGUGUGGCCAAGCCCAACAAACUCAAACUCAUCGCCAUGGACCUGCCCAUGGUGAGUGGGGACCGGAUCCACUGCCUCGACAUCCUCUUCGCCUUCACCAAGAGGGUGCUGGGGGAGUCGGGUGAGAUGGAUGCGCUCAAGCUGCAGAUGGAGGAGAAGUUUAUGGCGGCCAACCCCUCCAAGAUCUCCUACGAGCCCAUUACUACUACCCUUCGGCGGAAGCAGGAGGAGGUGUCCGCUGUUGUCAUCCAGCGGGCGUACAGGAGUCACCUGCUGCGUCGCUCGGUCCGCCAGGCAUCUUUUAUGUACCGCCACCGGACCAGCGAUGUGAACGUUAUUGUGGAGGAGGCCCCGGAAAGAGAAGGGCUGAUCGCUGUCAUGAUCAGGGAGAACUUCAGCCCCGAACUGGAGAGGUCAGAGACAAUGUCCUCCUCCUCCUCUCCACCGUCCUACAACAGCGUCACCAGGGCCGCCAGCGAGAACAUUGUGGUGAAAGUAACUGACCUCGGAACCCAUGAAUUAAGUGACUCCAUCAGACGCCUCGACAGAGACAGGGAGUCUGUGGUGUAACAACAAAUGCUUUCAACAAUGUCUUGUUUACACAUGCACGGUCGACAUGCUUGUCAUGGAAGAUAAGGAGAGGAAAAAAUUAAAGCUUUUUUUUCACUUCUUCGUUGAAAGUUCAGGCUUAAGGGACGUGUUUGACCUUUGACCUUGGCUCUGCCAAGUUUUGCUUUGAGCUUUAUAUUAACAAGGAAGGAGCCACACGGGACUGUGGCGGUGAUAUCGAUAAUGUUGUGGGCUGGGAUCAGGAAACAAAACACAACGCUAUCACUACUUGCGUGCGAUUAGUGAUGGCCGUAUGCAUUUAUUUGAGAUAAUAUAAUGGUGUGUCUCUUGCUGGAUAUGUAUGACCUUGCAUUAACAAUUAUCACAAUUUCUGUAGCAAAUGUAACACUUAUUGCAUAUGUUAUGGGUCUUUCAUAAAUUUAUUAUUAUAUUUGAUAUUUUUCUAUCCGAAGCAUAUAAAUGUUGGUUUUUGCACCAGGAUUGAAGGCCCUGCCCCCUUGAACUUCAGGCCCCUUCUCCUGCAGCUGCACCAACAGAACCGCUCACCUUGGUUCAGGACAGAGGCGAGCCUGCUCUUAUGCUGCCACAGACCACCGACGCCGAGGGUGGCCCGGCACACCAAGCCCGCCUCCCCCGAAGCCUCCAGGCACGACAGCGCCAACCGAGAACCAGCGUCCGAGGAGGAGGAGGUGGGGGUGUGCGAGGGACAUGGGGGUGGCAGGGAGCAAUGUUAACGGCUUGGACUUGUCCUUUCUCCCGAGUUGGCUGCUCACCGUGGGGUGGGGACAGAAAGUUAGCCGCAAAGAGACUCCAAGCAGGCGGGAAAUGGACUGGCUUCCCUCCCCCGCCAACUGAUGUGAAACCAAAACCAAACCAAAAACAAAAGACAGAUGGAAAACAUCUGACUCGUGUUGCUGAGAUUGCACAGUUUUUAUGCAACCUGUUUUUUUUUAAGUUAUUCCAUGUUCCUUCUUUCCUCUCUGUGUAUUGUUUAUUGCUGGGAAUGUUGGUGACUUCAGAGUGUCCGCCUAACUCACCUCUGCUGCCUUCAAGGAGUUUACGUGAUGUUCAUCUGCGAAACAGAGACCCGACCCAGUCACCCAGGCAAAGGCCGAAGGUAUUAACUCCUCGGCUGCAUUUCAUCAACAAAGAGAUGAACCCCUUCGAACGUCUCAUUUUUUUUUCUGUUUUAUUUAUUACGCGUUACGUAAAUCGAGAUAGGAAUGCUUCUAUCACGAAUUAAUGAAAGAGUGCCGCUUUAAAUUGAAACAAAAUCUGUGUGUCUUCUUUGCUCUUUACCUGCAGUUGGAUCGAAACUUUCACAUCGGAAAAACACCUUUCUUCUCGG